AUGAAGAUCACGGCGCUUUUGGUGUUGAAGUGCGACUCGGAUUCGUCGGAUCCGAUCAUCUUAGCGAACGCCUCCGACGUCACCCAUUUUGGGUACUUCCAGAGGCCCAGCAUCAGGCAAUUCAUCGUCUUCGUCGGCCGGACCGUCGCCAAGCGCACCCCGUCCGGCCAGCGUCAGUCCGUUCAGCACGAAGAGUAUAAGGUCCACGCAUACAACAGGAAUGGACUUUGUGCUGUGGGAUUCAUGGAUGAUCACUAUCCCGUUCGUAGUUCAUUUUCCCUUCUUAACCAGGUGGUUGAUGAGUAUCAAAAGAAUUUCGGCGAGUCAUGGAGGACAGCACAGACAGAUAGCACCGAGACUUGGCAAUACUUGAAUGACGCUUUGGUUAGGUUCCAGGAUCCUGCUGAGGCUGACAAGUUGUUGAAAAUUCAGAGGGACUUGGAUGAGACGAAAAUUGUACUACACAAAACAAUCGACAGUGUCCUCGCCCGAGGUGAAAAGCUGGACAGUUUAGUUGAAAAAAGUUCAGAUCUCAGUGCUGCAUCUCAGAUGUUCUACAAGCAGGCCAAGAAAACCAACUCAUGUUGUACCAUACUCUAA